AUGGCAGAGGAGAAUUGCACCUUGGCAGCAGAGUUCACUCUUGAGGGCUUGAGUGAUCAUCCCAAGAUGAAGGCAGUCCUCUUUGGGGUGUUUCUGCUCAUCUACGUCAUCACACUUCUCGGCAAUGUGGGGAUAAUCAUCCUCAUCCAAGGUGACUCCAGGCUCCACACUUCCAUGUACUUCUUCCUCGGCAGCCUCUCGGUGGUCGACAUCUGCUUCUCCUCUGUGAUUACCCCCAGGACUCUGGUGGACUUCCUAUCAGAGAGGAGGACUAUUUCCUUCACUGGCUGCACAGGCCAAACUUUCUUCUACAUCGUCUUUGUGACCACUGAGUGCUUCCUGCUGGCUGUCAUGGCAUACGACCGGUACGUAGCCAUCUGCAACCCAUUGCUCUACUCAACCAUUAUGACUCGUAGGCAGUGCGUGCUGUUAGUGGUAGGGUCCUACAUCGGGGGCAUCCUCAAUGCCAUUAUACAGAUGGCCUUCAUAGUCAGGCUGCCCUUCUGUGGCUCCAAUGUUAUAAACCACUUCUUCUGUGAUGUUCCUCCCCUCCUGGCCCUGUCCUGUGCCAGCACCUACAUCAGCGAGAUGAUCCUCUUCUCCCUAGCUGGCAUCAUUGAACUCAGCACCGUUGCCACUAUCCUAGUCUCCUACAUCUUCAUCUCCUAUGCUAUCAUGAGGAUCCGUUCAGCUGAAGGCAGGCAAAAAGCCCUCUCUACCUGUGCAUCCCACCUGACGGCUGUCACCCUGUUGUAUGGAACAACGAUAUUCAUGUAUUUGCGCCCCAGCUCGAGUUAUUCCCUCAACACAGAUAAGGUGGUCUCUGUCUUCUACACAGUGGUGAUUCCAAUGCUGAACCCGCUCAUCUACAGCCUGAGGAACCAGGAGGUGAAGGGCGCGCUGAGCAGAGUACUGCGUUCUCAAGGUGAAAAUAAUCACUUCUGGGCAUCUGCCUGUGAUUUAUGAUGCAGCAGCGUGCAAAGACAGAGAUCUGCAUGGGAACCUUCAUCUAGUCCCCCACACACUGUGGUUAUGAGCAUGUGAGCAACAAAGCAGCGGCUCUCUCAGCUGCAAGGUAUAACAUGAGUUAUACGCAGACAGAAAACUGAAGCUUCAGAUUAACCUCCCUAAUCACAGAAUUGUAUGAGCUGUGCACUGUCAGACACCAGCACUGACAACAUCACCCCUCACACACACAUCUUGAGAUCCAAACUUCACAUCAGUAUUUACAUUUUUCUAUCAGCAAGAGCUUAAAAGCAGAAAUACUUGCUGCUCUUGGCUGCAGUGUGCUUAUUAAAGACAUCAGAGGGCUUAAAAUCCAGUUACCUCUGUAAUGUUAAUGGAAUUCCCCUGUGAAACAAGCCCAGCUUCUUGUCUAACUUAGCAACCAGCUGAUAGAGAUCAACAAAGCACUCAAAAGCCACAGUUAACACCGGGAUUAAAACAUGAGUUUCCCAUAUUCCAGCCCGGGCUUCAUUUGUUGGCUGUUGUUGCUGAUUUACACAAAUGGGCACAUUAUUUACACAUAUGAAAUCAGGGUUGUUACCAACAAGGUUUUAAGCUCCCGUUCCAGAUAACAUUUCUCAAGUUCUAUUUGCACACACACGUUUUAUUCUUUAAAAAACUAAAAAAGUAACAGAAAAGCACAUCGCUCUGACAGGUAGAAAGUUAUGCUUAGUACAGAACUAAAUAAUAACUUAAAAAGGCAAUGUCUUUAUCUUUUAUUUCUCCUUAGCAUGGGACUUGUGUGCCUGUGUAUACAACAUGGAAGGAUGCGUCAAGAAAAUAAGGGAUGUUUUAUUGUCUUCCUAGUUUUAUUGACAUUUUUCUUGUUAAACAUAAAACAGAGCCUGGUAGGAAGGCUGGGGCUUCAGUGCUACAGUUUUAGCUCAGCUUGUCCUUGGUUUAUACACAUUAAGACAGAACCUGAGUUCCUCAUUAAAGGGAGCCUCUUACCUCAUCAUUUCAUUCUCCUCACAACUCCACCUUGCCCUGUUUUCACCUCCCCCUGCUGUUUGUGUUAAAAGGAUUUGACAU